GAGACGUGUUAUAGUGUUAUACCGUAUAAACCGAUAGCUCUUUAAAAUAAUUUAACAAAAAGAUUACUUGUUAAAUGAUUUGGAUAUUACGUAAUAUCACAUAUGUUAUAAUGAAAUGUAUUUAAAUGGAUUGAAAUUAAAUUUAUUGGUAAUUAUAUUAAUUUAUUACAAAUACAAUCACUGUUAUGGUAUAAGCAGUCCAUUGACUAAACAUGAGAUCAAUAGCUAUAAGGCCAAAAUAGUGUCAAUGUUUUAUCAUUCAUAUGAAAGUUAUUUAAAGUAUGCCUCAAAUUAUGAUGAAUUGCAACCCAUUUCUUGUAAAGGGACGGACACUUGGGGUCAGUUCUCACUUUCUCUUAUCGAUGCUUUGGACACUUUAGCCGUUUUAGGCAAUUAUAGUGAGUUCCGUCGGGUGGCACAGUUGGUCAUCGAAACGGCCGAUUUUAAUACUAAUAUCAAUGUUUCUGUUUUUGAAACUAAUAUCAGAGUGAUAGGAGGUCUUCUGUCGGCUCAUUUACUUUCACAUAAGGCUGGUAUUAAAACAGAGAAAGGCUGGCCUUGUGAGGGACCACUUCUUAGACUAGCCGAAGAUGCCGCCCGACGUUUACUUCCCGCCUUUGAAAGUAAGACAGGAAUGCCUUACGGAACAGUCAAUCUUAGGUAUGGAGUUCCCGAAAACGAAACACCCAUUACAUGUACAGCAGGCGUUGGGACGUUUGUCUUAGAGUUUUGUACACUUUCUCGACUGACUGGUGAUCCCAUCUUUCAAAAUAAAGCCUUAAAAGCAAUCAAUGCCUUACAUAAAAGCCGAUCAAAGAUUGGUUUAGUUGGCAAUCAUAUUAAUAUAGAAGAUGGCAAAUGGACAGCAACUGAGAGUGGUAUCGGUGGAGGUGUUGACUCUUAUUAUGAAUAUCUUGUGAAAGGAGCUAUGCUUUUGCAAAUGCCUCAACUCAUGGAUAUAUUUUAUGAUAAUUAUCGAGCAAUCAAUAAAUAUAUUAAGAAAGAGGACUGGUAUGUAUGGGUCAGUAUGACUAGUGGUCAGCCAACUAUGCCUAUAUUUCAAUCGCUAGAAGCAUUUUGGCCAGGAGUACUUACAUUAAUUGGUGACUUGGAUCAGGCAAAGAAAUCCAUUUACAACUACCAUCAAGUGUGGAAACAGUAUGGUUUUACUCCAGAAUUUUAUGACAUUCCUAACUCUAAACUAAAUACAAAACGCGAUGGAUAUCCAUUACGACCGGAAUUUAUUGAAAGUGUUUUAUAUUUAUAUAAAGCCACAAAAGAUCCUCAUUUGCUUCAAAUCGGUGCCGAUGUUAUCGAUUCAAUAGACAAAUCAGCCAAAACUGAUUGCGGUUUUGCCACAAUUAAGAGCGUUAGCGACCAUACAAUUGAAGACAGAAUGGAAUCAUUCUUCUUAGCCGAAACACUGAAAUACUUAUAUCUUUUAUUUGAUGAAAACAAUUUUGUUCACAACCAGGGAUCCAAAGGAACAGUUAUUAAUGUUAAUGGCAAAGAAUGUAUUAUUGAUAGCGGAGGCUAUAUAUUCAAUACAGAGGCUCACCUCUUGGACACCGCAGCUGUUUAUUGUUGUUCUAAUCAAAAGACAACCGAAACAAAUAUUUUUAUGGAUUUUCAAAAUAAUUUAGAUCUUUAUUCAGCUUUAGAUCUAAACGAUAAACCAAUAAAUUCGUUGAAAAAUAUUAGAAAUAAUUAUAGAAAUGACAUCUUAAGAGAACAGUUUGCUCUUGAAUUUAGUAAUAUUAAUGACGAUAUAUCAAGUGAUUAUGUGAUAAUAAAUAGUGAUUCACACAAGUCAUCAAAAGAUUUAAAUAUGGGAUCAAAUGUUGUUUUAGAUGCAAAUUUAUCUCCAGAAUUAAAUGAAAAGAGUAGUUCAGAUUUGGAUCAAACUGAGUCUGAAGACACAUCAAUUGUUACUCAAGAGUCCAUCUAUUUUCAAGACGUAAAGUCAAUCAAAGUAAACCAAAUAGAAAACUCUUUGGACACCAAAACACAGUCAACGACAACAAUCUCUACAUCUGAUGAAGUAUCACCUGUUAACCCACUUUUGCCGACAUUAGAUUCAAGUCUUAAUUUAAUGAAUAUUCCUAAUGUAGUUAAAACUGAUUCCCAAAGUUUUAGUUCGACAAGUGAUGUCCAAACUUUAACUAAAAGUAUUUUAAAUGAUCAAACAGUUGACUCUAUAAGUGUCAAAGAGACCACUGAAACAUAUUCAUCGAAAGUCAGUAAAGCCAUUGAACCGACUAAUGCUUUAUAUGACCAAUACUUCCAAUCAAAGUCAUUAGUGGAUCAGCAGUUGUCUGAAGAGAUUAUGUCAGUGUUAAGCGAUAAUACAUUUAUCAAUGAAAAAUUGUCGCAACAGUUGUUGCAAGUGAUGGCUAAUACAUCCAUACUUGAUAUCUUAGUCAACUCAACAAACAUAAAUCCAUUGCCAACUAAUACAUCACCUAUUGAUGGAUUUAAUACAUCGCUAAUCAAUUAUGAACUAUUGUUGUGUCCAUCGCAACCAUUCCUCUCUCGUUUGUCAUAUUUCGGACAAAUGAUUAUUUAUAGCUAA